AACCCUUCUCUUCCCAAGCUUGCGCCUCCUUGCAUUACUUUCUUCAGUCUCUCGUUGCAGAAGACCUCCAUCACUUUCUCAAGGGAGUUGUAGCAGCAGCAAACAUGGGGCGUGUUCGUACCAAAACCGUGAAGAAAUCCUCUCGUCAGGUUAUCGAGAGGUACUAUUCAAGGAUGACUUUGGAUUUUCACACUAACAAGAAGAUCUUAGAAGAAGUAGCAAUCAUUCCUUCAAAACGUCUUCGUAACAAGAUUGCUGGUUUCUCUACUCAUCUCAUGAAGAGAAUCCAAAGAGGACCAGUUCGUGGGAUUUCAUUGAAGCUUCAGGAAGAGGAACGUGAGAGGCGUAUGGAUUUCGUACCUGAAGAAUCAGCUAUCAAGACCGACCGUAUUGAAGUUGAUGAGGAUACUAUGGAUAUGCUUGCUGCUUUAGGUAUGACUGAUCUUCCUGGUGUUGUUAAGGUUGAUCCUGUUGCACAAGAUGGUCCUAAGUUUGGUGGUGGUUAUGCUGGUCGUGGAGCUGGUGGACCUGGUGGUGCACCAAGGAGAUACUAGAGACCUUGGUUUGAUGGGUUAGUAGUAGUCUUCUUUUUUCAGGGUUUUGUUUUUACAUUUUCAUCAAGUUUUGGCAUAAGUUGUUGAUUACGGUUAUAUUUUCGAAGUUUAAGAACUAAAAUUGUAGUUGGUUUAAUGGGAAUCCUUGAAGCUUUUUGCUGGAUCUAAUUACUGUUCUUAAUUGGUUAAUGUUUCAUACUUUUCUAUAUCA